UUGAAUAAGCAGAAAGAGAAAAUACUAGUUGUCGAUGAUGAAACAAGUAUUAGAAGAAUAUUAGAAACUAGAUUAUCAAUGAUAGGAUAUGAAGUUAUCAGUGCGUCCGAUGGAGAAGAAGCUUUAAAUAUUUUUAGAACUGAAUACCCUAAUCUAAUAGUUUUAGAUGUAAUGAUGCCUAAACUAGAUGGAUAUGGUGUUUGUCAAGAAUUAAGAAAAGAAUCUGAUGUUCCUAUUAUAAUGUUAACUGCAUUAGGUGAUGUAUCUGACAGAAUUACAGGCCUAGAAUUAGGAGCUGAUGAUUACAUUGUAAAGCCUUUUUCACCAAAAGAACUUGAAGCAAGAAUUAGAGCUGUUUUAAGACGUGUAGAAAAACUUACCGUAUCUGCACAUAUACCUAGUUCAGGAAUUAUACAUAUUGGAUUUUUAAAAGUUGAUACAAAUAAAAAACAAGUAUACAAAAAUAAUGAAAGAGUCAGAUUAACUGGCAUGGAAUUUAGCUUGCUAGAACUAUUAGUCAGUAGAGCAGGUGAUCCUUUUUCAAGAUCAGCUAUUUUAAAAGAAGUAUGGGGAUAUACACCUGAGCGACAUGUUGAUACUAGAGUAGUAGAUGUACAUAUUUCUAGAUUGAGAGCAAAGCUAGAAGAUGACCCCAGUAAUCCAGACCUUAUUUUAACAGCAAGAGGUACAGGCUAUUUAUUUCAAAAAAUUGCUGAACAAAUAAAUUAA